UCCCAGAAAUUAUGUAUGCAGGGGAUCGCAACUCGUACGUUCCGACAACACUUGAUACGACGUCGUUAAGGUCUACUUGCAGCAUACUAGACUAAGCGUUUGAAAUCCCAACCAGUUGCAGCAGGAGCAAGCAGCAGCAACAUGGUGGGCGGUGGCUGUACCCUCUAACUAGAUCUCUGGCUUUAUCAGACUCUCAAGUGUCGCCAUUUAUCACUUAGCUUGAAGAUUUUAGAUUUACCCCACCAACCUUGUAAACCUAUUUUACUAUUCCGAAGCUCCGUUCGAUUUGGCUACAAUAUGGAAAUUGAAAAUUAAAGAAACUAAUCCAGGAGGAUCCGAGUAGUGUAUGUAUAUCUUAUUCUAUUUAUGUUUGUAAAAUCUGCGAAUAUAGUAAUUAAUGUUAGCUUUGGUUUGUGGUAGUCAGAUAAGCUGUUCCCUGAAAAGCUUAAAGCUUGUUGGUAUUUUUCGUUAUUUCGAGAACAUUUAAAUGCAGACAUAGCAUGUAAAGUUGAUGAAGAUACAUUAACUGGCAAAUUUGAGAAAGAUGGUGCUUUCAUGGCCAAACGAGAGCUUUUUAUAUUAUUGUAUACCCUUACUUCUGUAAUCUGUUUCUCAAUUACCAGAUGAUUCAUUAUGUUAGGCUUACUUGAGUAGGUUUUUGUUUCCAUGGAUAUCAGGCUGGUUUGUUCUAGCAAGAGUAGAAGAUUAUCACAGAAUAAGUACAAAUGGAAUUCAACAAUUCAAGGACCCUGAUACAAUAUUACAUAUGUUCAUUCUUUAUAAAGCUGCUAGGUGAAAGAUUCUGAUUGUUUGGCACUGUGUAAGAAUGAAAAUUUUGAAGAUACCUUUAGCUUUGCCCCGGAUGAAGAAAUGGUCCGGUGGCAUGAUGAUCGUAGCUCUUGCUGUAAUCUUGGUUUUCAGUUAUAGCCUACUGAAAACCCAGCGAUCCCAGCCACAGAAAAAACAGACAGCUUAUGAUUUUUUCAGAAAUCAUCCCAUUAAUGAUUCUCAUGUGAAGGACACUUCUUACGCUAGAUCUCCUCAAGUGGAAGUAGAUAAAGUAGCAAAAUCAUCAAAAAAAAUACAUUUUGUAAAUGUUGAAGGACUUAAUGAUCUGUAUGCCCCAAACAAUUUUUCUAAGGAAGAGUCAAAGGCCUUGCUGGUGUGGAGUCAGAUGCGAUUGCUUUUGUCCAGAUCUGAUGCUUUGCCUGAAACAGCUAAAGGGAUUAAAGAGGCUUCAAUAGCAUGGAAGGAUUUAUUAUCCAUGAUUGAGGAAGACAAAGCUACAAAGUCCAGUAUCAUCGAUAAAACAGAAAAUAAAAACUGUCCUUACUCUGUAAAUGCCAUUAAUAUAAUGGCAUCAAGCAAUGGACCCACUUUUGAUAUACCUUGUGGUCUUGUUGAAGAUUCCUCCAUUACCAUAGUUGGCAUCCCUAAUGAGCACAAUGGAAGCUUUCAACUUGAACUUGAAGGCUCCCAGCUUUUGGGAGAGCAAAACCCUCCUAUUAUCUUGCAUUACAGAGUAAGCUUACCUGGAGACAAUAUAACGGAAGAGCCUUUUAUUGUUCAGAAUACAUGGACUAAUGAACAUGGUUGGGGCAAAGAGGAAAAAUGUCCUGCUCAUGGAUCUAACAUCCCAAAGCCAAAAGUUGAUGGACUUGUUCUUUGCAAUGAACAAAUUGUCAGAAGCACAGUGGAAGAGACUCUAAACGCGAGUCUUCCUAGUAGAGACAUAUUAGCUAAUGUUUCCCAAGGAAGUGCUCAUGCAAGUGCUAAUUUCCCAUUCUCUGAGGCCAAUCCUUUCACUGCUACAUUAUGGGUUGGUUCAGAGGGAUUCCAUAUGACUGUGAAUGGAAGGCAUGAAACGUCUUUUGCAUAUAGGGAGAAACUUGAACCAUGGGCAGUGAGUGGAGUCAAAGUAGACGGUGGUUUGGAUAUCUUAUCUGUCUUAGCCAAAGGGUUGCCUGUUUCUGAAGAUCAUGAUUUAGUAAUUGAUGCUGAGCUCCUCAGAGCUCCAGUAACAAAAAAGAAGAGACUGGCACUGUUGGUUGGGGUUUUUUCCACUGGAAAUAAUUUUGAGCGGCGUAUGGCACUGAGAAGGUCUUGGAUGCAGUAUGAGGCUGUACAUUCCGGGGAUGUAGCUGUCCGAUUUUUCAUUGGCCUUCACAAGAACAGGCAAGUCAACUUUGAGCUGUGGAAAGAAGCCCAAGCAUAUGGAGAUGUGCAAUUAAUGCCUUUUGUUGACUAUUAUAGCCUGAUUAGUUUGAAAACAAUUGCAAUAUGUAUUAUGGGGACCAAAAUUCUCCCUGCUAAAUAUAUCAUGAAAACGGAUGAUGAUGCUUUUGUUAGGAUUGAUGAAGUUCUUACUAGUCUCAAGGGAAAGGCAUCUGAUGGCCUGCUGUAUGGUCUUAUGUCGUUUGAUUCUUCACCACAUAGGGAAAAGGACAGCAAAUGGUAUAUCAGCAAUGAGGAGUGGCCACAUUCUUCUUAUCCACCAUGGGCACAUGGCCCAGGAUAUAUCGUCUCCCGAAAUAUAGCAAAGUUCAUUGCUCAGGGCCACCAAGAAAGAGACUUCAAGCAUGUCUUCUCAUCUUGAUGAGGCGGUUGGACCAUAGCAUUGGAAGAGAGAUAAGAAACGGAGAAAAAGAAAAGUUGGAACUCUGAAGAAUAUUUAAGCUCCAUUUUGGAUUAUGGUUGGGUAACAAUUACAUCUCCAUGGGCUCCCCCUUUUUUUAACAAUUGUUUCUGGCCGGAAGUCAAGCUCGAUAUUUCACAGUCCUUAAUACGACUCUAAUACCCAAACUCAUUGGCUCAAACAGGCUAUUUUAUGUGCUGCAAACUCCAUUCUGCCACACUUUUGAUAUUGUUAAUGGCUGCUCGUCUCUCACCUCUCUCAAGGGACGUGAUGCAAUUUUCCCUUUUAAGAAAUAAUAAAAUGAGCUCUGAAGAGAAUCGGACAAAAUUAACCUUGCUGUUUCUCUUAUGUCUUGCUAUGCUUUUUGCAGUUAUUUAAACUAGAAGAUGUUGCAAUGGGAAUAUGGAUUGAAGAGUUGAAGAAGAGAGGUCAAGAAGUGCAUUACGUAAGUGAUGAGAGGUUUCACAAUGCUGGAUGUGAAUCAAAUUAUAUUCUUGCUCAUUACCAAAGCCCAAGAUUGGUAUUAUGUCUUUGGGAGAAGUUGCAGAAAGAACACCAGCCUAAUUGCUGCGAGUAAUCACAUGUAUCUGACUAAACAUUCAAGAGUGAUUUUCUUCUUACUCCAAGCUAAAUUAAGUUGUAUAUACAAUGUUAGAUAUUAACCAUUGAUCAUUGUGGAACCUAUAUGGAAUCCAUCAUGAUUAAUAGUUAUAAUAAAAUCAUUGUAUGUAGGAUGGAUGUAUGGUAAAAUUUCUCGCUUAUAUUAGGGUCACAACCUUUUGGGAUUGGCUC